GCACCGAGCCACCAGGCGGAGCAGCAGGCACCGGGCCCCCAGGCGGGGCGACAGGCAUCGGGCCCCCAGGCGGGGCGACAGGCACCGGCCCCCAGGCGGAGCGGCAGGCACCGAGCCCCCAGGCGGGGAGACAGGCAUCGGGCCCCCAGGCGGGGCGACAGGCAUCGGGCCCCCAGGCGGGGCGACAGGCAUCGGGCCCCCAGGCGGAGCGGCGGGCGCCAGACCCCCAGGCGGAGCGACAGGUCUCGGGCCCCCAGGCGGAGCGGCGGGCGCCGGACCCCCAUGCGGAGCGACAGGUCUCGGGCCCCCAGGCGCAGCGGCGGGCGCCGGACCCCCAGGCGGAGCGACAGGUCUCGGGCCCCCAGGCGGAGCGGCGGGCGCCGGACCCCCAGGCGGAGCGACAGGUCUCGGGCCCCCAGGCGGAGCAGCGGGCGCCGGACCCCCAGGCGGAGCGACAGGUCUCAAGCCCCCAGGCGGAGCGGCGGGCGCCGGACCCCCAGGCGGAGCGACAGGCACCGAGUCACCAGGCACGACAGUGGGCUCCGAGUCAACUGGCAUGACCACGGGCACUGGGUCAGA